CUCCGGCCGAGGGCUUCAUAGAGGAGGCUGGUGCACCGCCCAGCAGCUUCCCCUGCUCAGUGCUCAGUGCUCAGCCUGCAGACUCAGCGCUCAGCAAUGGCCAGGGGGCGGGGCACAGACCUCCCAGGUUCUCAGAGGUAGCAGGGAUCCUCGCGAAGGAGGUGUCAGCCCAGGCCCAGCCUCCCCAGAGACAGCACCUGGAGCCUCAUCUCUCUCUGCACCCAACUUGGAGCCUGCCACAGGUUGCUGGGGCCAUUUGGGUUUUGGGGGACCCUGGACCAGGCCCUGGCCCAGUAGGAUGCCCCCGUGUCCUCCCCAGCAGAGCAGGAACAGGGUGACACAGCUGCCCACUCCGGAGCUGGGUGAGAUGGAACUGACUUGGCAAGAGAUCAUGUCCAUCACUGAGCUUCAGGGUCUAAAUGCUCCAAGUGAGCCGUCGUUUGAGCCUCCAGCCCCAGCCCCAUACCCUGGGCCCCCACCACUCCCAACUUACUGUCCUUGCUCAAUCCACCCAGAUGCUGGCUUCCCCCUUCCUCCACCACCUUAUGAGCUCCCAGUAUCCUCAACUCAUGUCCCAGACCCCCCAUAUUCUUAUGGCAACAUGGCCAUCCCAGUCUCCAAGCCACUGAGCCUCUCAGGCCUGCUCAGUGAACCCCUCCCAGACCCCUUAGCCCUCCUGGAUAUUGGGCUGCCAGCGGAGCCACCCAAGCCUCAAGAAGACCCAGAAUCCGACUCAGGAUUAUCCCUUAACUAUAGUGAUGCUGAAUCUCUUGAGCUGGAGGGGACAGAGGCUGGUCGGCGGCGUAGCGAGUAUGUAGAGAUGUAUCCGGUGGAGUACCCCUACUCACUUAUGCCCAACUCCUUGGCCCACCCCAGUUAUGCCUUGCCACCUGCUGAGACCCCCUUAGCCGUAGAGCCCUCUUCAGGCCCUGUGCGAGCCAAACCCACUGCACGGGGGGAGGCAGGGAGUCGGGAUGAGCGUCGGGCCCUGGCCAUGAAGAUCCCCUUCCCUACGGACAAGAUUGUCAACCUGCCGGUAGAUGACUUUAAUGAGCUGUUGGCACGGUACCCGCUGACAGAAAGCCAGCUGGCACUAGUCCGGGACAUUCGACGGCGGGGCAAGAAUAAGGUGGCUGCCCAGAACUGUCGCAAGAGAAAGCUGGAAACCAUCGUGCAGCUGGAGCGGGCGCGGGAGCGGCUGGGCAGUGAGCGGGAGCGGUUGCUCAGGGCCCGUGGGGAGGCCGACAGACCCCUAGAGGUGAUGCGCCAACAGCUGGCCGAGCUGUACCGUGACAUUUUCCAGCACCUUCGGGAUGAAGCUGGCAACAACUACUCCCCGGAAGAGUAUGCGUUGCAACAGGCUGCUGAUGGGGCCAUAUUCCUUGUGCCCCGGGGAAGCAAGAUGGAAGCCUCAGACUGAGCUGGCCCAACUGGCGGGACCGGUGAUGGAGAUUCCCUUCAUUCCCUUCUGAUAAAGGAACUCCCCGACCCUGAGGCCCAGAAGAGGACAACAGUGAAAAACCUGACAUGUUAGGUCCAAGGUGUGUUCAAUGAGGCUUGCUGUGAGACAAGUAUGUGAGGGGAAGGCUGGAAUCUUUCUGUGAUUCAGCUCCCCGGGUCUCCAACCUCCACCUCUUGUUUGAGCUUUGGUUUAUAAAGCACUCUACAGAAAUA